AUGGGGCGGCUUCACUCCGUGAUUCGGCGGUGGAGCGGCGCUGAGGAACCCCGAAAUUGCGGGCAGCCCACGCGUUGCCACGCCGCGGUAUGGGAAGCCUUUCAGGCGCAAGUCCUGCGUCGGCGCGAGGGGGAGAACGUCUCGACGAUGAGGCGGCGCCUGCCCAAGGAGGAAUGGGAAGCUCUGCAAGCGGAAGCUGCGGCCGCGAUCGCGCGACUGGCUGAGAAAAGGGAUGUAGAAGGAGCCGGCGUAUUUGGCGGAGACGGGUCGCGUGCCCCCGUGCGUGCUGGCGGCUAUCGCUCGGUCCAAGUGGCGAGUGAGCCGCGCGAGGGGCAUGCAGAAUUGAUAAAUUAA